CAUGGCGUAAAGUGAGUGCGUUGCACAUGUGUCAGUGAUUUCGGUAAGGGGUCAGUUCCUGAAUCGUGAGGUUGGCGCGGACCGUUCGCGGCUCCGGCAGCUCGGCUGUGUCGGACAUAUCGUCAAGCACUUCGGGAACGGCACGUCGGGUGGAUCCCACGAUACUCGCCGGGGAAACACGCCGGGAACGCGCGGCACGGGGACGCACGGGAGAGCGAGAGAGAGAGACUCUCUCUCUCUCUCUCGGGACCAGUCUCCGUUCUGUCAUCGCGGAAUUUCAUUCGACCGGCUGUUCGUUCGUUCGCGCAGCCGUCUCGACGGGUCUACCCCCUUCGACCGGGUCGCAGCAGUCCGCGGUUGAAUCAGUUGAUUAGGAAUAAACUUUCUAUUAAAGCAUACAUCGAUAAUAGUCCAGUAAAAAAUAGAUCAUGGUUUGCAAAGCUGGUGAAAAGACUCAAGUAUGUGUCGUUCAGUUUAAUAUGCCUUACGAGGCUAACCAUAAACUUUGCACUAGCGACAAAUUUUCCUUACAUGUAUCUACACGCGUGAAGGAUCUUUACAACUAUAUCGAAGAACAUUAUCAUAUGCAACCGGACAGUUUUAGGUUGCUUCUACGCACGCCGUCAUGCACACUGAUUGAUUUAUCCGAGUUGAAAGACAAAACGAUGGAGCAGGUUGGAGUAGAUUUUUCGGUUGAUUCGAGUUCACCUGAAACGAAAAAUACUCUGUUUGUCGUUCAUCCAACAGAACCCUUUGUUAUUGAUAUGGCAACGUCCCGAAGAAAGAUGGAUUAUCAUCAUUCGCCACCGUUUAAUGUAACAGGUGCACCGUCCCUUCAUCCACGAUGGACUGAGGAAAAUAUUGUUAGGGAAGAUGUUAGAGAAGAUGUUAGGGAUGGUAGAGAAGAAGUUAAUUUCAGAACUUUUAUUAAAACUGAAACAAGCUAUGUCGGUUUAGUUAAUCAAGCAAUGACUUGUUACUUGAAUAGUCUUCUUCAAGCUCUGUAUAUGACACCAGAAUUUCGUAAUGCACUUUAUAAUUGGGAAUAUAUAGAUAGUUCAGAAAAGGAUGAAGCUCUAAGCAUACCGUAUCAAUUACAGAAGUUAUUUCUCAAUUUACAGACAUCUACAAGGUCUGCAGUGGAGACUACAUCCUUAACGAAAAGUUUUGGAUGGGAUUCUACCGAAGCAUGGCAACAACACGAUAUUCAAGAGCUUUGUAGAGUUAUGUUCGAUGCAUUAGAACAGAAAUUCAAAAAUACAGAACAAGCGGAUCUAAUUAAUAGACUUUACGAAGGAAAGAUGACCGAUUACGUUAAAUGUCUUGAGUGUGGAACAGAAAAAUCAAGAGAAGAUACGUUUCUUGAUAUCCCAUUACCAGUUAGACCAUUUGGAAGCAAUGUUGCAUAUAACAGUGUGGAAGAAGCAAUUAGAGCAUUUGUUCAGUAUGAAACAUUGGAAGGAGCUAAUCAGUAUCAUUGUGAAAAAUGCAAUAAAAAAUGUGAUGCGCAUAAAGGAUUGAAAUUUACGAAAUUUCCAUAUCUAUUAACUUUACAUCUCAAGCGAUUUGAUUUUGAUUAUAAAACCUUCCACAGAAUCAAGCUCAACGAUAAAGUCACGUUUCCAUACGUAUUAAAUUUGAACUCUUUUAUUUCAUCCACAACGAGUCAAGAAUCUCCUGGUGGUGAAGAAGAUAUUGGUUUAGGUAUCAAAUGUGAUGAUAGUUCCACAACAGACAGUGGUACAUUAGAUGAUGAUUGUGCACCGUGUGACAACAGCCUUUCCAAUAGUAACCAUUCAGCCAGUCAUGAUCAAGACGACGAUGAAGGUAUUGAUAUGAGCAAUGGACCAUCAACGUCGAGCUGUAUUACUCAUAAUCAUGAGAAUGAAAAGAAUCGCAGUGCUUAUAUGUUGGGAAAAGGCCCAUACACGUAUGAAUUGUUCUCAAUCAUGAUUCAUAGUGGCAGUGCGAGCGGAGGUCAUUAUUACGCUUAUAUAAAAGAUUUCAGGACGCAAGAAUGGUUAUGUUUUAAUGACCAAAGCGUAACUCAGAUAACUGAUGAUGAUAUUCAUAAAACAUAUGGCGGUGGACCUUCGAGGGCGUAUUAUAGCGGUGCAUAUAGCAGUAGCACGAAUGCGUAUAUGCUUAUGUAUAGGCAAAUCGAUCGUGCUCGUAAUGCUUUACCUAUGCAAACUGAAGAUUUUCCGCAACACAUUCAGGAGCUAUUAAAGAAAAUGAAAGAAAGUGAAGAUAACGAUAGAAAAAAUCGUGAGAAAAUGUCUAUACCUAGAUUGAAAGUAUACUGUCAUCAUCCAGUAGAAGGGAAAUUGAUGAAUGUCAAAUUAUUUGUUAUGCCUGAUAUCACUUGGACCGAAGCAACAGAAAAAGCAUAUAAGAAAUUUGGUCUUGAAAAUGUAGUGAGUUUGGAUCAGUGUCGUUUAGUUAGUUAUGAACAUAAUACUGAUUUAAUAGAAUGUAGUUACGAUGAUCGAGAGCAUGAAUCUGUUGGAAAUAUAUGGCGUUUUUCACGUCGAUUCGAUUUAUUAUUAGAAAUUCGUCGCAAAGAUCAAAAGUUUGAGACGUAUUUACCGGGUGGAGUUGCAACUAAAGUAUUUGUCAUAGACGUAACCCGAGAGGAGGUAAUUGACGGUCCGAUCGAUAUCCGAGGUUUAUUGUCGCAAAGUGUUAAAGAAUAUAAACAAACCGUAGGAAAAAUUAUUAGUAUGGAUCCUAAGCAAAUGAAAGUAAUAUUGCGAAAAUUCCCGGAAAUUAGACCAGUGGAAAAUGAUGAUAGUGAUCUUCAAACUGAAGGAUUUUAUAACGCGAAUAAAGUAUUCAUAUCAACAAUGUAUGAUAUAGAUAAUGGUAAACCUUUUCAAGAAUCUACAGUACACAGAAUUAUAGAAAAUUUUAGACAUGUUAUCUCUCUGCAUAUUCAGUUACCAGAUACAAGUAAAGAAACUUUGGAAGAACUAAAUAUCCCAUUGUUAGAUGAUAAAUACGAAGAAAAGGAAAAGUCUGUUACUAGUGGUCCACUUAAACUCUUUAAUGAAUCCGAUUGGGAUGUUAAUUUGAAAUGCAAUGAAACUUUAAAAGGUGCACGAACUAAUGAGGAUGCUACUAUACGAAAUAUAAGUCCUCAGUUAGGGGAAGCUGAGGAAUGGAAUACUCCUGAACAAAGUAAUAGUGAAGAUAGCAGCCUUAGUGAUAGUGAUAAAACGUUGGUUGGUGAUGUACCAGAGGGUGUCGAUAUUGCACCGCUAUCCCAUGAUUGCGGUUCAAUAUCGUGGGAUAGCCGUGCAAUAUCGAAUCGUUAUGAUUGCAACGUAGGCGUAAGGCGCAACUAUAAGAUUUCAAAGCGAUUCGAAAUAGAAAACUGGGAUAUUGAUGAUGACUCCGAUUAUUACUUUAGAGCUACACAAUAUACAGAUAGUACUCAACAAAACCUACUUAAAGUAUUAGUGGAUAAAAGAAUGAGAUUGAGCACAUUGAAGAAAGAUUUAGAACCAUUUGUGGGUGUACCUGUGGAGUAUUUUAAAAUUUUUCGUCUAUCGAAUUCUGGUGAAUCAGAAUGCAAUUGUUUGAUGGAACAACUUAGUUCGUACGAGGAUGGUGAGAGACUUAAUGUGAAACUUGGCCGAGCUUUGCGUAAUGGAGAAUUUAAAGUAAAAUUAUAUCAACUAUUAAUCGACUCCACUGAGCCUUACAAAUUUUUAUGUGAAUGGAUUGUCUCGAGAGAUAUGACGGUUGGACAUGCAAAAAAAGAGAUAUUGGCAGAAAUAAAGAGAAAAUAUGAUAUAGAUAUACCAUAUGAAAAAUGCCGACUUAGGAAAAAGUAUUAUAAAACAGCCUCAAAAGUAUUUCUAAACGAACAGAAGUUUGAGGAUCUCCAAUUUCAUUCGCAGUUUGAAAUGAUUGUUCAAGAACUAUCAGAUAAAGAGAUAGUCACAGACACCAAUCAGAUUGUCCUGUUUGUCAGAAGGUGGUUACCAGCAAAAUUGCAAUUGGGACAAUUCCAAGAAAUUGUUAUGAAUAAUAGAACUGUUGAAGAACUAAAAAAGAAACUUUCUUCAAUAUCAGAUAUUCCGGAGGAGCACAUAGAUAUAGCAAAGGGGAAAGGUAGUUUUCCGUGUGACAAUUCUGUGCUUCGAAUCCAAAACGAGCAUGAUUGGAAUGAACAUCACGAUAGCUUAUUUUUUUACAAUUUUGAAGAUGGUGCUGUCUUCUUGUACAGGGACAAUAGAGAAAAACCAAAACAAUUAAAUGCUGACGAGGUAAUGGAGAUCGCUUUUAAGGAAAAUUCACGCUUAACGCCGCUUUCUACUACUUCGAGUUAUAGUCCACGUCGAGAGAGAGCACUUAAAAUAUAUUUGGAUACUGAAUGAUCGUCCAUAGAGAGAGAGCAUCGUUCUCCUAAAAAUGAGUUGCUAAAUAGACAUAUGUGCGAACACAAAACAUUUUCAUAUAAAUUAGUUACAUGUUGGAUAUUUACGAAAUCAAUAUUUCUUCAAAUGUUAAAUGUUUUGUGUUCCAGUGAGUCUUCAGCAUUUCAAAGCUUCCGCGUUCCUAAAGUUUUUGUCUUUUUCUUGAAACUAUUGGAUUUUUGAAAGUGUUUGAAUUCAUGAAUUGUUAUAUAGUAACACAUAAGUCGGAGUCUCGGUAUUUAUACUCAUACCUGAUUUCGAGAUUUUUAGAAUUUAUAUAAAAUGUAAAAUAUGUCCACGAUAUCACUUGGUCUGUUGAAUCAGUUUUCCAUCUCUAGAAUCAAACUAGAAGCAGCACGAUUAAUCAUAAAGUAAAGCUAAUAAUAUAGCGA